AUCACUCCAAACCGUCAAACAUCCACUAAUUGCCCAAACUGCCCAGUAUCCCCCCUAGCCCCUAAGCAUCCUAUAUCUACCUUUCAUGCUCGAUUUUCCGACGAGCCUUACCGUUCAAACUAUGGCCCGAUACUCCGCCACCGUCGCCUUUACUUUCACACUUGUUCUUCUCUUUCUAGUCACAGUUUCCCAUGCCCGAGUACCAUCAGAUAUCCCAGAGGGUGAUGUCAUCGACCCUGAACUUACACGCUCCCACGCUGGCUCGGACGCCAGCUCCGUCCUUCAUCUCCCCAGCGACAGAGUCAACGAUGAUGUAUCUCGCUCUAAUCAGCCCGCCGUUGACAUCCCUGAAUCUGUAUCCAUCUCCGUCGGAUCUAUUCCGUUAAGGGUCUCUACUUUCCGUCCGAUCAACCGUCACUUCCCCAUCAGUUCAAGUUUUCGGUUCCGCAACUGCCGACAUCACCACCACCACCACCAUGACCACCCCUUUUUCAAGCCCAUCGGACAACAACAACAACAGCACGUGAAAGUCCCAUAUGGAAAUGAUAUGAUAUUGUCCACUGGCGAAAGUAAUGAGUUGGAUCCGUUUAUAUUCCAUCACGGCCGCAUGCGGCGGAUCCCGGCGAAAUUGGUCAAGUUCCAUCACCACCACCAUGAUGACCAUCACGAGGAGGAUGAUGAUGGGUUUUCUAAGUUUAUUUCAAAGCAUAGCCAUAGGUUUGGUGAGGAGAAGUUUAAGAAGCACUUGCGCCAUCAUGAGGAGGAAGAGGACGAGGAUAAUCAUGAAGAAAUGAAGGAGCGGGUGGGAAAGAGAGAGGAAGAGGGUAGUUUUAUGAAACGUAUUCGCAAGUUCUUGGAUCGCUUCUAAGAUCUAGUGUUAAAAGUUUUUUUGUAGAUGUCUGUCUGAUGAGUUUACAUGCUUGCAUGCAUGUAUGGCGCUGCUGAUCGUAGUGAUUUUGUUGUUUGUUUUGUCAUAUUUGUAAAUAAGUUGCAUCCGUCUGAGAUGUAAGGAAGGCACGAAGCAUAUGUAUUACUGCAACAUAUGUUGUAAUCACACUUUAUCAAUCUGAUAGGAUGGGUCCGUUUUGCUCAGAUUUUCAGUCA